AUGCUCUGGUUAAUAUAUGGCUCAGCAGGUUGGAUUGGAGGACAAUGCCGAGACCUGCUCAACGUUGCUGGUCAAAAAGUAGUAUCAGGUCGACGUGUGGCAUCUCUGAAAGAUGUCGAAGAAGAUAUUCUGACGUAUAAACCUGAUCGUAUUAUAUGUUCUCUCGGCCGUACACAUGGUGAAGGCAUUCCAAACAUUGAUUAUUUAGAAAAGCCGGGUAAACUUAAAGAUAAUAUUCGUGAUAAUCUAUUGGCACCCAUGUUUAUCGCUCAGGCAUCGAUGCAAUAUUCAAAAUUAGCUGCACCGAUACCUACGUUGUACAUUGGUACAGGGUGUAUUUAUGAAUAUGCUAAUCCAACUGAUUUAAGUCAUCCGUUUACUGAAAAUGAUCAUCCAAAUUUCUGUGGUUCAGCAUAUUCAACUGUUAAAGGUGCAACUGACUUAUUAAUCGAUGCAUAUCCGCAUGUGAUCAAUGCUCGCAUUCGAAUGCCAAUAUCUGAUGAUCCAAAUUCACGUGAUUUUAUUACAAAAAUUCUGAAUUAUAAAAAAAUCACCUCGUUACCAAACAGCAUGACAGUCAUGUCAGAUAUAUUACCAAUUCUUUUGGCAUUAACGCAUGACGGCAAACUUGGUGGUCGUGUUAAUGCUUGCAACAAAGGAUGGGUCGAUCAUGACUGGAUUCUUAAAACUUACCAAGAAAAAACAGGUGAACCUCUUGAUUAUAUAUUGGAACCGGUCGAAGAUCAAAAUGCUCGAUUAGCUGCUCGUCGUUCAAAUAAUGUUUUAUCAUCCGAUAAACUCGAACAAUGGAUGAAAUUGUUAUCACCUGAAACACGUAAACUCUAUUACACACCACAUUUAUUGCCGGAUCUCAAAACAAGUAUCGAAAAUAUUUGCAUUCAUCGUGCGAAUCUCAAAUCAAGCAGUAGCCAAGAAUCGAGCGAAACACGACGUUUGCUCGUUACUGGUGGUUGCGGAUUUAUUGGUAGUAACUUUGUCAAUCAUUGGCUGAGAACAUAUCCCGAAGAUUCUGUUAUCAACGUCGAUAAACUCGACACAUGCUCGAAUAUAGGCAAUGUUGAACAACCGAACUCGCCGAAAUAUAAAUUAGUCGUUGCGAGUAUCAAUAAUAAAGAUUUAAUGUUACAUUUGAUGAAACAGUACGACAUUACACAUGUAGUUCAUUUUGCUGCACAAACACAUGUGGACACAUCAUUUGGCAACAGUAUACUUUUUACUGAAUCGAACAUAUUCGGUACACAUUGUUUGUUGGAAGCAAGUCGAAUUUACAAUAAACUUCGCAAAUUCAUUCAUAUCAGUACUGAUGAAGUUUACGGCGAAUGGCCAGCAGGUAGUUGUCAUGAGACCGCAGUGCUGAAUCCUACAAAUCCGUAUGCAGCAACGAAAGCUGCUGCAGAGUUUCUUGUGAAAUCUUAUGGCGAAAGUUUCAAAUUGCCAUAUGUUAUAACUCGUGGCAAUAAUGUUUACGGUCCGUAUCAAUUUCCUGAGAAAGUUAUUCCACGAUUUAUUACAACAAUAAUGGCUAAUGAGAAAAUGACAAUACAUGGUGAUGGAAAACAAGUUCGCAAUUUUAUUUACGUCACGGAUACAGUUCGUGCUGUGGAUUUAAUUCUUCGUAAAGGUAAAACAAAGAUGAUCUAUAAUAUUGGUUCGAAAGAUGAGAUCAAAGUUAUGGAAAUUGCGGCGAUUCUUCUGAAAAUUAUGAAGCCAGACGUCAAACUCGAAGAUUCGAUCAUUCACGUCAAGGAUCGAUAUUUCAAUGAUUGUCGUUAUUCGGUUAUGAUUGACGCAUUAGAAAGUUUAGGCUGGAAACAAGAGGUCAAGUUCGAUGAUGGUAUUCGGAUGACAAUCAAAUGGUAUACUGAACAUCCUGAUCAUUGGCAAAAUGAAACACCGAAUUCUACCAUGCACGAGAAUGAAUCGCGUGAAAAGUGGUUGCCGCCAUCCGGCACGUAUACAAAACCCUUUGGACAUGGAUCUACUUCCAUACGAACUUCUCGUCCUGCAAAAAUUACAAUUAUUUUCAUCAUCUUCAUCACCGGACUCGUUUGUACAUGGAAAGUUGUGUUGAAAGACAAUCCGGUACAGGAGCCAACGCUUGUGCGAUCUCAAAAUGAUUCUUCUUCUUUAUGUCGUCGGAUCCAUAGUUAUCCGACUACAACAGAUCGAGAACGUUGUUAUCCACUGCUGAUUAAUUUCGGCCAUCAAUGUUGUCUGCUUGCGCAAAAAAACAACUGUUUGACAGGUUUGAAACACGGAAUUCAACAAUGUUUGAUGCUGAAUAAGAAGAUUUUGGAUGCUGAUCCUGGAUUUGUCAAUCGAAACAAAAAUAUUCUAGAUCGGCAGAGAGGAGCUGGCUAUUGGCUAUGGAAACCAUACAUAAUCCUCCAGGAGCUUUAUCUAGCACGAGACGGAGAUAUAAUCGUAUAUUCAGAUGCUGCAGUUAAUUUUACCAAUGAUAUUUCCCACUUAACAAAACUGACGUCGAAACAAGACAUUGUCCUUUUCGAAUUAGCUGAUUGGAAGGAAUCAAUGUUUACCAAACGUGAUGCGUUGAUUAUUCUCGAUGCUGAUAAACCAGAGUAUACAAAAACACAGGCGGGAAUUGCUUCUUAUCUUGUGGUAAAAAGAAGCUUUAGUAGUCUGCGAUUCAUAUCCGAAUGGUUGACGUAUGCACAAGACCAUCGAGUGAUUACAGACGACGAGAAUGAACUCGGAUCAUCGAAUUAUCCUGAUUUUCGUGCACAUCGUCACGAUCAAUCUACAUUGAGUCUAGUGGCGAAGAAAUGGAAUCUGACAUUUUAUCCAGAUCCUAGUCAAUGGGGAGAAAAGGUGAACCGUCCAUAUCCAACUAUAUUCAAUCAUCAUCGAUCGAAGAAUUAA